AUGAAAACCGACGAAGAGCCAGAUGUUCCAUAUUUCGAUGGAAGAACAACAUCAAUCAGUGACAGCGAAGUAAAAACGUCUGCAAAAACCGAUUUCGAAGAUAAUGGCUUCACAACAGAUGGAGAUCUAAAUCGACAUUCGCCACUGAAAAACAAACGAAACAGUCCAUUCGGAAGACGAGAAUUGGAGAAGAAGCAUUUCGAUAUGAUAAAUGAGCGAAUUGUUGAUGACGUCACCCUGGAUUUCCUCUAUAAACCGCAUAGUGUGACGGUUUUGGUGGCGAUUGCCGCAUUUUUGGUGUAUAAAGCCGCGUGGCAGGGAAGUGUCAAUAGUUCGGAGCAGAAUUAUUUUGAUGGAUUUAUUGGAGCGGUUGCGCUCUUUUUGAUUAUUGGAGCGUUGACUUUCCCAAAUGGUAACAUUUUCUUAUUUUUUAUGCUUUAAACAAGCUAAAUCCCAUGUUUUCAGGUGAACGUUUGUAUUAAAAACAUGAAAAAUGAACUGGAAGUUUUAGAAAAUCGAAACUUUGAUAAGAAAUUGCAAAUUUCUCUGGAUUUAGCCCAAAUUUUUGGGUUUAGACCGGGAAAAAGCCGAAACUGUGUAAAACCUCUGAAAAUCCCUGAUUUUUCACGAAAGAGCUCGAGAUUCUUGCAUUUUUGUGAAAAAUCGGUGAUUUUUUUGUUUUUUUUUCACAUAAAUUGCAAGAAUCUCGAGCUCUUUCGUGAAAAAUCAGGGAUUUUCAGAGGUUUUACACAGUUUCUGCUUUUUUUCGGUCUGAACCCGAAAAUUUGGGCUGAAUCCAGAGAAAUUUGCAAUUUCUUAUCAAAUUUUCGAUUUUCUGAAACUUCCAGUUUAUUUUUCAUGUUUGUAAAUACAAACUUUCACCUGACAACAGGAGAUAUAGCUUUUUUGACACAUAAAAUGUUUCCAGGCCCAUUUAUCCGUCCACAUCCAAUAAUCUGGCGUCUAAUCUUCGGCCUCUCCGUAGCCUACGUAAUCCUCCUUCAAUUCGCUCUUUUUCAAUCGCACGAAGAUCUCAAAAAAAUGCUAACCUGGCUAGAUCCCGUCGGUUUGGGUCAACAAAAACUUCGCGAGAAGAAUUACGCAGUCGGCUGUUGGAAUCUGACUUGGGCUAACUUUCAAGAAAAUAUCGAUUAUUUCGCGUUUGCCCAUUUCACCGGAUGGGUCAUGAAAACGUUGCUUUUACGUCAUUGGAUUCUAUGCUGGUAUAUUUCGAUAAUCUGGGAGAUAACUGAAAUAAUGUUCAUGAAUAUGCUGCCAAAUUUCGCCGAAUGUUGGUGGGAUUCAUUGAUUUUAGAUGUGUUGAUUUGUAAUGGAUUGGGAAUUUAUGUGGGAAUGAAAUUGUCGCAAUUCUUGCAAAUGCGACAAUAUCAUUGGGAAAGUAUUCGAAAUAUUAAAUCGAGGAAGGGAAAAAUGAAGCGAUUUGCGUUGCAAUUCACGCCGGCCAGUUGGAAUACUUUGGAUUGGUGGAGCACGUUUUAUAACAAGGGAAUGUCGAAUUCGUUGAGAAGAACUGGGUUGUUGACGAUUUUUGUGGCUGUUUGGAUGGUAAAAAUUUUGGAUUUUGCUUGUUUCGUGGCGAGACCUUUUUAAAGGAACAUAGGCUUGUUUAUGCUGAAAAUUCCAGAAAUUUCAGGAAAAUUUUGAUUUUUUGGGUCUCACCACGAAAAUACGGUCAUUUUAAGUAUAAAUAUGCCUAUGUUCCUUUAAAAAUUAAUUUUUCGUGGCGAGACCUUGUUAAAGGAACAUCGGCUUGUUUAUGCUGAAAAUUCUCGAAUUUUCAGGGAAAUUUCGAAUUUUUGGGUCUCACCACGAAAAUACGGUCAUUUUGAGUAUAAAUAUGCCCAUGUCCCUGAAUUUUCGUGGCGAGACCUUUUUAAAGGAACAUAAGCUUCUUUAUAUACAAAAUUCCCGAAAUUUCAGGAAAAUUUUGAAUUUUCGGGUCUCACCACGAAAACACGGUCAUUUUGAGUAUAAAUAUGCCCAUGUUCCUGAUUUUUCGUGGCGAGACCUUUUUAAAGGAACAUAUCCUUGUUUAUACUCAAAAUUCCCGAAUUUUUGGGUCUCACCACGAAAAUACGGUCAUUUUGAGUAUAAAUAUGCCCAUGUCCGUGAUUUUUCGUGGCGAGACCUUUUUAAAGGAACAUAUCCUUGUUUAUACUAAAAAUUCCCGAAAUUUCAUGAAAAUUUUGAAUUUUUGGGUCUCACCACGAAAAUACGGUCAUUUUGAGUAUAAAUAUGCCCAUGUUCCUUUAAAAACUGCUUGUUUCGUGGCGAGACCUUUUUAAAGGAACAUACCCUUGUUUAUACUCAAAAUUUCAGAAAAUUUUGGUUUUUUGGGUCUCACCACGAAAACACGGUCAUUUUGAGUAUAAAUAUGCCCAUGUUCCUGAUUUUUCAUGGCGAGACCUUUUUAAAGGAACAUAGGCUUCUUUAUAUACGAAAUUCCCGAAAUUUCAGGAAAAUUUUGAUUUUUUGGGUCUCACCACGAAAACACGGUCAUUUUGAGUAUAAAUAUGCCCAUGUCCGUGAUUUUUCGUGGCGAGACCUUUUUAAAGGAACAUAUCCUUGUUUAUACUCAAAAUUCCCGAAUUUUUGGGUCUCACCACGAAAAUACGGUCAUUUUGAGUAUAAAUAUGCCCAUGUCCGUGAUUUUUCGUGGCGAGACCUUUUAAAGGAACAUAUCCUUGUUUAUACUAAAAAUUCCCGAAAUUUCAUGAAAAUUUUGAGUUUUUGGGUCUCACUACGAAAAUACUACAAUUUUGAGUAUAAAUAUGCCCAUGUCCCUGAAUUUUCGUGGCGAGACCUUUUUAAAGGAACAUAAGCUUCUUUAUAUACAAAAUUCCCGAAAUUUCAGGAAAACUUUGAUUUUUUGGGUCUCACCACGAAAAUACGGCAAUUUUGAGUAUAAAUAUACCCAUGUUCCUUUAAAAAUUAAUUUUUCGUGGCGAGACCUUUUUAAAGGAACAUAGACUUGUUUAGACUCGAAUUUAACCUAAAAAUCGUGAAUUUUCAUAAUAUUUUCAAUUUUGCAUUCAAAAAUCAUGAAAUUUGGACGAUUUUCAGAAAUUUGAACGUAGAACCUUUCAAAGUCCCUAAAAUUAUGACUUUUCUCCAAAAAUAAUUAAUUUUCAUGAUUUUAGCUGAAAAUUUCAAGAUUUUUCACCCCAAAAUCCAUAAAAUUCUCAUAAUUUUGAUUAGAAAACUUGGAAUUUCAUCCAUUUUCAGCUGAAAAUCUCAUAUUUCCAGUCAAAAUUCAUUUUCAGAUCGCCGAAUUGAACACAUUUUUCAUCAAGCACAUUUUCGCCAUUGACACUCAACAUCCCGUCGUUUUUUGGCGAAUCAUUUUGAUUGCAGUGAUUGCGGCGCCGAGUAUACGGUAGGUCAACAUUUCCCGCCAAAAAAAUACUACUGUAUUUUGUUGCAGCCAAUUCUACGUGUUUAUGACGGAUCCUUUAACAAAACGUGUCGGAAUGCAAGCCUGGAUUUUUGUGCUUAUUUCGAUUUUGGAAGUGGCGAUUUGUGUCAAAAGUGGACAUGCCGUGUUUUCGAAAAUGGAAAUGUGGAGUAUUGCUGUUUGGUUCUUUUUAAUGGUGAGGUUUUGAAGGGAAAAGGUGUGCCAGACUUGCAAAAUUGAGGCCACGCCCCUUUUAUUCGAGAAAAAAGUGUGCCAGACUUGCAUUUUCAAAUAAAACUGUGCCAGACUUGCAAAAUCCCAAACCACGCCCCUUUUAUUCGAGAAAAAACUGUGCCAGACUUGCAUUUUCAAAUAAAACUGUGCCAGACUUGCAGAAUCCCCAACCACGCCCAUUUUAUUCGAGAAAAAAGUGUGCCAGGCUUGCAAUUUUCAAAUAAAACUGUGCCAGACUUGCAAGUUUCAAACCAAGCCCCUUUUAUUUGAAAAAAAAGUGUGCCAGGCUUGCAUUUUCAAAUAAAACCGUGCCAGGCUUGCAAAAUCCCAAACCACGCCCCUUUUAUUCGAGAGAAAAAAGUGUGCCAGACUUGCAAAAUUGAGACCACGCCCCUUUUAUUCGAGAAAAAAGUGUGCCAGGCUUGCAGAAUUUAGACCACGCCCCUUUUAUCUUCAAAUAAAAAUGUGCCAGGCUUGCAGAAUUUAGACCAUGCCCUUUUUAUUCGAGAAAAAACUGUGCCAGGCUUGCAUUUUCCAAUAAAACUGUGCCAGACUUGCAGAAUUUAAACCGCGCCCCUUUUAUUUUAGAAAAAAUGUGCCAGAUUUGCAAAAAAAUCCCCAAACCACGCCCCCUUCUUUUUUGCAGAUAAUCGGCACAGUUUUCUGUAUUUUGGCAUCGACUUGGUAUGCGGAAAUGUUUGGGGUGAGUUUUUUUCCAAAUUGCCACGUCAUAGUGAUAAAUUCUCCGCAAAAUUUCCAGAAAACCGCUCAAAUAAUAAUCCGUGGUCGCCGUCGUCUUUGCUAUCUCGAAUCUUCGCACGAAAAUCUCGGAAUUCUCGAGGACGAUGUGAAAAAGCGAAGAAGCGAAUAUUUGGGAACACAACAACAAUAA